AGGAGUAGUAUUAAUAGUAUAAAUUGAAGCUUAAUCAACCGCGGAGUGGCAGGAACGCAAAUCGAACGGAGCUGUCAUUUCACGUUAGCUAAAUGACUUUCGACCGGUUAUUAUCUAGAGCUGUUCAUUUCAGCAAAGUUGGAUCCAGGUCUGUAUUCACAAGCUCCAAGCCGGACACUGCUAACCCCAACUGGUUUCGAGUGGGUCUUGCCUUUGGAACAUCUGCUUUCCUCUGGGCCCUGCUCUUCAAGCAGCACAGCACAGAUGUACAUGAGUACAAAGUGAGGAAUGGCCUGGAAUAACCCAUCACACUGGAAUGUGGUCGUCUGGACCAGUCUAAAGGAAGCACCUGUUUGUCCGCUUGUUUCUGUUCUCCGCUGUUCCUGAUUCCAAACUCUGAAUUCUGUGUAAAAUAAAAGAAACUACCAUGUGAAAUAUA